CCGGAUAUCCCAGAAGCCAUUUCACCAGGAAGUAGGAAGCACUCGAGCUGUUUAAUGUUUGGACAAUGAUGGAGGAAGAAGAAUUUGAACUUGCCGAUGAUUUGGAAGCAAUUUUGCAUCUCACACCAGAAGUGCAACUGGCGAUUGAACAGGUCUUUCCAAGUCAAGAUCCACUUGAUAAAGCAGACUUCAAUGCGGUGGAAUACAUAAACACAUUGUUUCCCACCGAGCAGUCCCUUGCUAAUAUUGACGAUGUGGUUAACAAGAUACGUCUAAAAAUAAGGCGCCUUGAUGACAACAUCAGGACAGUGGUGAGGGGUCAAACCAAUGUGGGGCAGGAUGGCAGGCAGGCUUUGGAAGAGGCCCAGGUAGCAAUUCAGCAGCUUUUUGGAAAAAUCAAAGACAUCAAGGACAAAGCAGAGAAGUCUGAACAAAUGGUCAAGGAGAUUACCAGGGACAUAAAGCAGUUGGACCAUGCCAAGCGCCACCUUACUACGUCUAUCACCACACUGAACCACCUGCAUAUGUUAGCGGGAGGUGUAGACUCUUUAGAGGCCAUGACGAGAAAAAGGCAGUACGGUGAGGUGGCCAAUCUCCUGCAAGGAGUUGUCAACGUACUUGAGCAUUUCCACAAGUAUAUGGGCAUACCGCAGAUCAGACAGCUCUCUGAGAGAGUAAAAGCAGCACAGAGUGAGUUGGGCACUCAGAUCCUGGCAGAUUUUGAAGAAGCCUUCCCAUCUCAGGGCUCCAAGAGGCCCGGCGGGCCAAGUAAUGUGUUGAGGGAUGCCUGUCUGGUUGCAAAUGUUCUUGACCCACGCAUCAAACAUGAGAUAAUCAAAAAGUUCAUCCGGCAGCAUCUUUCAGAAUACCUUGUGCUCUUUCAGGAGAACCAAGAUGUAGCAUGGCUAGACAAGAUCGAUCGCCGCUAUGCUUGGAUCAAGCGGCAACUAGUCGACUAUGAAGAAAAAUAUGGACGCAUGUUUCCAGAGGAGUGGUGCAUGACAGAACGUAUUGCAGUAGAAUUCUGCCAUAUCACCAGAGCGGAGCUUUCCAAAGUAAUGAGAACACGAGCCAAGGAGAUUGAAGUGAAGCUGCUUCUGUUUGCCAUUCAGAGGACUACAAACUUUGAAGGUCUGCUGGCAAAACGUUUCACAGGAUGCACAUUGACCGAUGCCCCUGUGCAGAAGAGGCCAGAGAGCCCUUUAGGUCCCUCGAACCCUUUCUUGGAGGAUGAUCAUGGUGAAGAUGAGGGUACUGAGAAAAAUGACAAAGAUGGGGAUCUGGCAAAGCCCAGAAAACCCAAAGCUCCUGAGAAUCCUUUUCAUGGCAUCGUCUCCAAGUGCUUUGAGCCUCAUCUGUAUGUCUACAUAGAAUCCCAAGACAAGAACUUGGGCGAACUAAUAGACAGAUUUGUGGCUGACUUCCGAGCACAGGGCCCACCCAGGGUUGCCACAGACGAGGGUGGUGCUGUGCUGCCAAGCUGUGCUGACCUCUUUGUCUAUUACAAAAAGUGCAUGGUCCAGUGCUCCCAGCUGAGCACCGGAGAGCCCAUGAUUGCCCUCACAACCAUCUUUCAGAAAUUCCUGCGAGAGUAUGCCUGGAAGAUCCUCUCAGGCAAUUUGCCUAAGUCGAGCAGUAACAGUGGUGUUCUGACGAUCAGCAGUCUGCUGAAAGAAAAAGAAGGUUCGGAAACGGCCAAGUUCACCGUCGACGAGCUGUGCCUUAUCUGUAGUAUCCUUAGCACUGCCGAGUACUGUCUUGCUACCACGCAACAGCUCGAAGAGAAACUAAAAGAAAAAGUCGAUAAAAUCCUUGUGGAGAGAAUUAAUUUGACUGGGGAGAUGGAUACAUUCAGCACCGUGAUCUCUAAUAGUAUCCAGUUACUUGUUCAAGAUCUUGAUGCCGCCUGUGACCCUGCUCUCACUGCAAUGAGCAAGAUGCCGUGGCAGAAUGUGGAGCAUGUCGGUGACCAAAGUCCUUAUGUGACUUCAAUCAUCAUGCACAUAAAGCAGAAUGUUCCCAUCAUCAGAGACAAUUUGGCCUCCACGCGCAAAUACUUCACGCAGUUCUGCAUCAAAUUCACCAACUCUUUCAUCCCCAAAUUUAUCAAUCACUUGUUCCGAUGUAAGCCUAUCAGCAUGGUGGGAGCAGAACAACUCCUUCUGGACACACACUCCUUAAAGACGGUGCUGCUAGAUCUACCCUCCAUAGGAUCCCAGGUACUUCGCAAGGCACCCGCCAGCUACACCAAGAUUGUGGUGAAGGGCAUGACCCGUGCAGAGAUGAUACUUAAGGUGGUGAUGGCCCCACAUGAACCACCCGUAGUGUUUGUGGAUAACUACAUCAAGCUCUUGGCUGAUGGCAAUCCUGAGACUUUCCAGAAAAUACUUGAAAUGAAGGGUUUAAAACGUGGUGAGCAGAGCAGCAUGCUGGAGCUCUUCCGACAAAGGUUACCCACACCACCCUCCGGGGCCGACAGCAGCUCAUCCUUGUCUUUCAGUGCCCCCACCCCUGAGCAGGAGUCCUCCCGCAUUCGCAAACUAGAGAAGCUCAUCAAGAAGAGACUGUAAAAUCAAGAUGUUGUGUGCUGCUCGGCUGCGCCAUUAAAUUAUUGUUAAAGGAGCUGCAUCGUGUUAAUUAAGAUUAACUAUUUGCAUGUAUGUGUAUAAUUACGUAUUAUUUUUGGCACAAUUAUUAUCUAGUUUCUUAUUAUGAGCUAUUUUGAAGUAAGACGCCAGGUUCACUAAAACCCCGCCUCCACUGUACUUGCAUACUCAGUGACUCGACGUGCGUUCAAUGAUCACUCGCAAAGUAGGACAACUCAAAAUUACGUAGAGAAUGCUUUUUUAAUGCAACAAAUAGCAAUCACCAGUACAUGAGCGCAUUGUAAGGAGUGUGUGGAAAGACUAUAAUUUAUUUGAUGCACCAAAAUCAGAACAGCCGCAUGUCAACUCGGGAUGCAAGGACAGCUGCUCUGAGAAACUGGGUGUGGCUCCUCACCAUACAGAGUGAGGAGCCAUGUGUUGUCUUGCUUUGGGCGUGGCUGGUGUUUUGGGUCAGGAAUUAGCAUUUUAACAUGGC